UUUGAAUGGGAAGAAGGUCCUCGGUUGGGAAUGAACUUGAAGAUUUUUACUAUAUAUGUUGAUAGUAACAACUCUCAUGUUUUCAAUAAAAGUGAGGUUCUCCGGAUUAGAGACUUGUUCAUAGAAUUUCAUCUUCCAGGCAAUGACUUCCUUGGACCUUAUGAAAUUCUAGACUUCAUUCUCCUGGAUCUCUACAGAGAUGAUAAUGUUACCUCUCCAAGUUCAGGGAUAAGCAAAGGUGCACUGGCUGGAAUAGUCUUAGGUGCAAUUGCUUUUUUGGUUACUUUAUCCGCAAUUGUCACCAUUCUCAUAUGGAGAAUACGUUUGAGAUAUAAUUGUACACCUUCCAAACGGCCAAAAG